AUGCAGAACCUGAUCACUAGCGCAAAUCACAAUCUUGUUACACCCAAAGCGCAUCAGGAAAAUCCCAAGAAGACUGGGUCAGUCAUGUCGUCCUUUCCAAUGGAUAUGCAAAUACCCGGAGGAAGACACGACAAUGACCUUGCAGAAAUCUCUCAAGUUCAGAUUCUUCCUACCCAUGGAGAGAUUGUCAGCGGCAAUUCGGAAUAUCUACCAUCUACCAACUUCCUUCAGCCGCAAUUUCUCGCCGACCCUUUGCAAAGAUACAUUGACUCAACAUUCCGGCUCCUGCGCCAUGAUAUCUUCGGCUCAGCCAAAGAUGUUCUUCGAGAUUUGCUGCAGCAGAAGGAUUUGACACGAGUUCCUUAUCUCUCAGGCAAGGAUAGCGGGGCACAUCUCUAUCUGGGAGCACAGGCCCAGCAAAUGUUUAUCAAUGAGCGAAACGAGCUCCAAGCGACCGUAUCGUUUUCUACUCCACCACCACUCCGCAAAAAGACCUUCAACGAGCAAUGCAGAUGCUUUACAGCGAGAAGCUCACCGGUAUUCUGGUCGACUUCCCACGGUUUGAUCCCUGCCACGUUCGUCCCUAUCCUGAAAAACCUUCAGCGAAUCCAACGCGAAGGGGAGUUGGAAUUCCAAAAGUGGGUCUUGCCAGGCCGUAAGGAUGAUGAAGACGGUCACAGCAUACCCCCACCGACAUACGCACGCAAACCAGGAUUUAUCUUUCCCCUGACUUCGAUCACAAACGUCGGAGCUGCUAAUGUUGCAUUGGACCUGAGUACCCCUGAGUCUAUUGACAUCUUGAAGCUGCAAAGUCGAACUGGUCUCGACCACGGCCAGUGUCACGGACUUAUCGCUGCUCUCGCUCGAGAAUAUGCCCUCAUCCAAGGCCCGCCGGGCACCGAAAAGUCCUAUUUGGGUGUUAAGCUUGUUCAAGCUCUCCUUGAAAUCAAGGAAAAGGCAAAGCUAGGCCCGAUUAUUGUGAUUUGCUAUACCAACCAUGCCUUGGACCAAUUCUUAAAGCAUCUUCUUGAUGUUGGUAUCCAGAAAAUCAUACGCAUUGGCGGCCGCAGUCAGGCCACUGAGCUUGAAGGCAAGAACCUUCGCGUUGUCAGCAAAGACAUUAGGAAGACGAGAGUAGAGUCGCAAACCCUCGGCAUGUCAUUUCGAAGUGGGCCCCUCUUUGGCAGCACAAUUAGCCAAGGUAGAUGCAUGCAUCAAGAUGCAGCGUUCGCCUGGCCAGUCAUCUAG